GGCAAAUCAAUUCUAGGAAGUAAGAGGGGAGUGUGGUUACACCUACACACUAUACAACCUGUUUUAUAGUCCAAAAACACACUGAAAGUUCCAGCCCUAAAGUAAAGAUGAUGCCUUAUUACCCUCCUCUGGUUAGAGCUGAUAAGAUUCCCCGUACAAUUUCUGGCUAUCGUGUGACUGAUGGCAAUAUUACUGCUAUUGACUUUGGUACUACAUCAGUGUCACUGGCUUAUACUACCAAAGGGGACAAAGAAAUUGCCACACUUCCUCUGGAGCCUGCAUCAAAGGCUACACGAAUACUCAAUGUCAUCAUGUUGAAGAGAGAAGGAACUAAAGUGAUAGUGGAGGCCUUUGGGGAAAAUGCUAAGAAGAGGUUUCGAGAUAUAAAACCCAGUGAACACUCAAACUAUAUUUUUUUUGAGAGAAUCAAAAUGUUAAUGAAGAGAGAAAUGGUUAUUAACAGACAAUCAGUAGUGAUGUCAUUUUCUGGGGAGAAGUACUACCUGGUUGAAGUUAUUGCAUUCAUAUUGAAGUACCUGAAGAAUGAACUCAUUGAUCAUCUCUCUCGUUCUGUCAAGCCAUUGAAGACAACAGAUUUUGAUUGGGUCAUUACUGUACCUGCUAUAUGGGAUGCACGAGGAAAAAGAAUGAUGAGAGAAGCUGCUUAUCUGGUGAGUACAUCUAGUAUGCAUUAA